AGUCGCCGUAGGCCGCAGCACGCAGAAGAAGGGAAGCAGCGCCGCUCAACCGGUGAAGAGAAACUCACAAAAAUAGUUUGGCCUUUCAUCGUCAGCUUCAUAGCCUCCACUAACUCAUUGUCUUCCAUUUUGAGUUUCAGUUGUCAAUUUUUUUGUCUUUUGUUUCGAGACAUUAUAUUACUGUUUCGGAUUGCAGUUCCUCACUUGCAGGUUCGAUUUCUUCGCCUGAACUGUGAAUGCACUAAGGGUAACAACUCGCAUUUCUUCAUGGGUUCUAUCAGCUUUAACCCUUUCGAUAAUUGGUUCAGAAAGCCACCAAACCCCCUUCCUCCUCUAAAUCUUUUGAAUUUCUCGGAGUCAUUUUCUCUAAAAGCACCUCAUUCAAGUUCUCCAAAUUUUGCUGCCAUUAGCGUCCCUAAUUUCUUCAAAGGAAAGCCUAAACCUAAGGAUGAGCCCGGGUAUUACAGGAAAAUGGCUGACCAGUUCUUCUGGGAGUGUGAGAAUAUACCUGAUUAUAGGCAUACCCCUGAAGUUGAGAAGAUCCUGAAUGAUGACCCAAUAUUUGAAAAGAAAGAAAACCCUACUGAGGAGGAAAUCAGAGAGAAUGAAAGGGUCCUGCAAGAGAUAAGAAACAACCCUGUCAUGCAGUUCUUGGUGAGAGCAGAGGAAAUUGCAGAUAAGAUGAACGAAUUGGAGCUCAAAGAGAAUGAAAAUCCGUAUCACAAAGAGGAUCGGGAGCUGUGGAAGGCGCUUCCACAUGUGCCUGGAUUAGAUGGGCGACCUAUGCCAAGGAAGUCUCUGAAGACGAAGAAAGAGGCAGAUGAUAAGUUCUGGGAUUUCGCAAGACAGUUCUUCUUCGGCCUCUGGGGGUUUAAGCAGAGGCCUUAUCCGUCGGGUCGGCCAAUCGAUGUUGCUCAAGCAAUUGGGUAUAAGCGGCUUGAUAAGCGAUACUAUGACUUUAUCAUGAGGAGUGGAGGAUGGUACUAUAAGGAUCGGUUGGGACGUACAAGGGGGCCAUGUGAGCUUAUUACUCUUAAAACAGCAUGGGGUGCUGGGAUAAUUGAUAAGAAUACUUUCAUUUGGGGUGAGGAUAUGGAUGAAUGGGCGCCUAUCCACAUGGUUUAUGGCUUGGAACGUGCUGUUGCUACAUGGGAAGUUAGACUGGGUGCUGCAGCAACAGCUUUUCUUCACAAACUGCAGAAAGGUAUACCACCAUGGGUUCCUCUUAAGGGGCAUGAAAAGAAGACUUACAAGCAGCUUCAGGAAGAGGCUAUAGAAAGCAAGAGACGUGAUUUAGCAGUACUGGAAGCUAACGAUGGUGUUUGGCCUGGAGUUAGAAUUCCAAGUCAUGCUCUAUUUCUUUGGGCCAGUGGUUCUGAGUUGACCACUAUUUUGGAGCAGGAUCACAUGCCCAACAAAUACAUUCCCAAAGAUCUUAGGCAACAGUUAGCUACAAUUAUUCCUGGGUUAAGGCCGUGGGAAGUUCUGAGUAUUGAACAAGCAAUGGAUCAAAUAACAUAUAAUGGCGAGUGGUACCGUGAACCUCUUGGUUCCUACAGUACUGGUCCUCCAUACAUCAGGCACUGGAAUAAGGAUGUUAUGAGAUUGUACAAGUUAUUUGACACUCUUAACACUCGGGUGUUUAAGAAAAUGGAGAGGACAAUUCCUGGCUUUGAUAAAAUAAUGAAUAAGGUGAUGAAUGAAUAUUAUGAUAGACUGGCCAAAUUGGAAGAGAAGAAAAGGCUGAAGAGAAGCGGGAAACUAUAACUUUUUCAUAGUCUAAGUUCUGCUAAUCAAUCGGUAAGACGCUAUAUUGUUUAUGGUUACUGGUUUUGGUGCACUUUCAACCCCUAUACAAAGUUGCAAGCUGCAGGCACUGAGAGAGGCCUUGAAAGCCUUGAAAGCUUGAAUUAUAAAAUUUGCAUGGCCUAUUGUAGACGUGUACUAACACAAGUAGUAGUUAGUGAUGAAUAUUUCGUGCACUUUCAUUUAAAGGAGUUGUAGAGAUUGCUUCUAAGUUCAACAAUGUAUACAUCUACGAGUUUCUUGUAGUUUUUAUCAUCCAUGUGUUUCUAUAUCUAUUUUAUGUCAUUUUUCAUGUAUUCAUGUCAUAAUGUGAACAUUGUAUUUUUAUUUGAGUAUUUCAAAAAUGUGAAAAAAAUAAAUCCUUUCAUA